AUGUGUCCGCUUCUCUACGAAUCCGUAGUCUUGGAUGCUGUUCUCUACAUGAAAGCUCCGAAGUCAUUGCCAAUCAUUGGCUACACAGCCAGACUACUUCAACCACGAUACAAACUCCUCGAUUAUCUUGCGCGGCUUCAGUCGUCCAGGGGCGUGAAGACUUUCGAAAUUCCAUCGCCUUUCGUGCCACCGACUGUGCUUAUCAAUGAUCCGGCCUGCCUAGAGUAUGUAUUUCGAGAGCAUGAACUCUUCGCGAAGGGAAGCUUCUUUCGCAGCCGGAUGCACGAUCUGUUUGGCGAUGGCAUUCUCAAUGCCUCUGGUCCGUUGUGGCAGAGUCAGCGCAAAGCUGGUGUCAACUUUCUGAGCAGUGCCAACGUUACUCGCUUCUCAAGUGAGACCUUGCCUCCGUUGAUGGAAGCCAUGCACGAGCGACUCACUACAGCUGCUAUAAUACAUGAGAUGGUCGACCUGCAAGAACUUCUCUUAGACUUGAUGUCCAAAUUCUUCGGCCUCGUUGCCUACGACACUGUGCCAGGUGCUGAUCAAGUACGUGCAUUCGAUGAGGCAUCUGCUUGGACAGACGCUCGUUUCACGAACCCGUUGUGGCAGUUCUACGAGUUGUUCUUCGGGCAGCCGUUACAAAGGGCCCUGGAGAUUGUCAAGAAGUUCGGCCACGAAGUGGUGAUCAAGGCUGCUGAGAAGACACGAACUCCGGGCCAUCAAAGCCUGCUCGACUUGUUGCUCGCAAGACUACCGGACAAGGAAACCGUUGCCGAUGCAGCCACCACGUUCAUGUCGGCUGGCCGGGAUACCACUGCACAGGCAAUGACAUGGACGGUGUAUGAGCUAAGCAAAUCACCGAAAGUCUUGAGUACGCUUUUGACGUCGCUGGAACCGCACUCCAUCACGAGAGACAGUAGCACUCGAAGCCCUCUCAGAACUAUUGGCUUACAUCCCAGGUAUAUCAAAGCAGUCUUCGCCGAAGCUCUCCGCCUGAAUCCCUCUGUCCCCUUGAACAUGCGGGAGACAGCCAGGAGAUGCAGGCUCCCAGACGGAACUGUCCUACAGGCUGGAACAAUUGUCGCGUGGGCAUCCUACGCAAUGGCUCGAUCUUCAGCUAUUUGGGGCGAAGACGCCCAGGACUUCAGGCCGGAGAGAUGGCUCUCUUCCGAUGAGAACGGCAAUUCCACUUUCGUACCUCGGAGCGCCAGCGAAUAUCCUGUAUUUCAUGGCGGCUCGCGAGUUUGCAUCGGCAAGAGUAUGGCUGAAGCUGUUGGCUGUCAGGUUUUGGCCGAGUUGGUGUUGAACUGGGAAUUUGAGCUUGUGGACAAGGAGACGAGGAAACACGCUGGAGAGUCACUGACGGCGCCAAUGGAUGGAGGAUUACUCGUUCGACCUCGACGACGUGUCUGGACCGACACCAAGGCUUGA